AUGUGCAAGCGCCCCGCGUCGGGCCCGUCGCCGGCGAAGAAGGCGAAGAAGGCGAAGACCGCGUACGAGUUGUGGAAGAAGGAGCAGCCGGAGCACGCGGAGAGCGGUGGCGACGACGACGACACGCCCGAUCUGGGCACGAUGCCGGACGAGGAGCUGAGUCAUGUGAUCAAGCUGCUCGGCGGCGACCCCAAGGCAUGCGAGGGCCGGCGGGAGCUGGUCCAGGCGGCGGGCGGCCUCAUUUUUCAGAACGGCGCUAAGAAGUGGCGGCGCGCCCAGAUCGAGGCGGCCAAGGAGCGGCUCGCGGCGGCGCUCAAGGAGUCUCAGGCCGCCGUGGCCGAGCUUGAGGAGAGGGCGGGCAAGCCGAGCGCCGACGUGCGGGCUCCGACCUGCGAGCGGCCCGAGCCGCCCGGCCAGCUGCCGCUGCCGCUCGCCGAGUCACGCACGCCCGGACUCGCCUCCGAGCUCGUGCAGUGCUGGGCGUUUGCGUGCGCCUUCUCGGGCCGUCUGACGCUCACAAAGUUCUCCGUCGACAACUUUGUCGCCGCGCUCUGCCGGCCCGGCCACGGCAGCGUGCUCGCCGAGCUGCACGUGCGGCUGCUGCGCGCGCUGCUCGCCGACACGGAGCAGCUCCGGCGGGCGGGCCAGCUCCCUCCGCCGCUGGACGCGGGGAUGGUGGUGCAGCAGCUGCCGCCGCCCGGCGUCGUCUCGGCCGCCAACUGGCCAGAGGUGCUGCGCGCCGUCCUUUGGCUGCUGCCAGAGCUCCACGAGACGGAGGAGUCGCGCAGCGCGCUCGCGGCGCUGCAGCGGUCCGACUACCCGGACUUGUCCGUCGCGCACAAGCUGGCGCUCCUCACGCCGCUGACCGAGCGGCGCCUCUCCCUCGCGAAGGAGCUCGCCGACAACGAGUCGCGCCGCAAGGAGCUGGCUCGCGAGUUGAGAGAGAAGCAGCAGGCGCUCAAGCGAGACGAGCGCGAGGCCAAGGCGGACGCAGUCGCGGACGCCGUCAAGGCCGCCGCCGCGCGCCGCACCCUCGCCCGCUCCGCGUCGCCCGUGCCGCGCGAGCUGGCGAGCCUCGGCGGCGCCGCCGCCGAGGCGAAGGAGGCGGCGGGCCCAAAGGAGGCGCCCGCGCCGCCCGACUCGGACGAGGCGGCCGAGGCGGCGCUGCUGCAGGCGCUGCGUGCGCGCGACGCCGAGGCGCUGGCGGCGGCGGUCAGCGAGGCGGAGGCGAGCGGCCACGCCGGAGAGACGGCGGACGGGCGGCCAUGGGCGAGCGAGGCGCUCAAGGCGGCGCGCAAGGUGGAGGUGGAGCUCUCGGUCGCGGAGGUGACGCGCGGCAUCGCGGCCAAGUACACGAAGCGGCAGGCGUCGGCGCUGCACCGCCACUACGGGCAGCCGCUGGCCGCGCGGCAGCUCGACCACCCUCCUGCGAGGCGCUCAUCCUCCGGCCGCCGCCCCCACGCCUCGGGGCGCACCUACUACUUCUUCGUCUCGGACCCGCACCGCCUCUGGGUCCACGUGCCGCGAGAAGAGUCGCCGCAGGGGUGGACGUGGGCCUUUUACGACACCGCCGCGCACGUCGAGGCGGGUGCGCUGGCCGAGGCGGAGCUGAAGCAGCGCUUGCGGGAGCUGCUUCCCAUCAUCUCGGCCGACAUGGCCGAUGACGAGGCUGCCGGCCCGGAGGGGGCGCGACGAGGCGAGAGCAGCGUCAACCAAGACGAGGGGUGGCUCGACGAGGGGCACGAGUGGGUCGGCCGGCAGGACCUCGAGCUCGGCGAGGCGGAGGCUGCGCUCGAGGCGUUUGCGCAGAAGGAGCGGGACGAGCUGCUGCACCCUCCCGUGCUCGCGCAGCCGCAUUACGAAAACAGGCUGGAGCGCAAGGCGCUGCGGAUCAAGCCGUCGGCGCUCGGGCUGGCGGGGGCGCGCGACGAGCUGCUCGAUUUCGAGGAGUGGCUCGCGCCGCUGCUCGGCAGGCUCGGCACCGGCUGGGUGGCGGCGGGCCGCAAAGACGAGGGCGCGCAGGAGGUGUGGCAGCUCUCGUGCCGCGCAGCCACCACGGUCAACGAGCUCGCCGAGCUGCUCGGCACGCUCGAGGAGGCGGUGCACGCGCUGCAGACGGCGGCGGCCCCGAACGAGCGAAAGCCGUGGCGCAAGGAGGGCCACGAGUACGUCGGGCAGCAGGCGCGCCGCUUCUUUGCCGGGUUUGGCGCCUCGGACGGGCGCAUCUCUGGCUGGCUUCCGGCCGAGGGGAGCGACCCGCCUCUGUGGCACAUGGUCCACGGGGACGACAACGACGAGGAGGACCUCGACGAGACGGAGUCGGUCGAGAGCCGCGAGCGGUGGCGCGCGGCGCUGCGGCAGCCUCACAGCCCCGCGGUGGUCGCGCUCGCCAUCAAGGCGCUGCGGGACCACUGCGAGCACUUUGGCGCGCUCGGCUACCACCCGCCGCGAGGCAAGGAGGGCGCGGCGGCGGAGCGCGACCUCGCCUACUCGGCGUGGGUGCACGCCGGCGCCUUCAAGUCGGACAAGCAGAAGAAGAAGAAGCACUGA